UUCUAUCGUUUCUUUUUGUGUGAGAUGCGCGUGUGCCUGAGAGUAUCUGGCUGCGUGAGUAGGGAGUGUAUGCGCGGGGAAAGUGGGUGUCGCUAAUCUCUGCGAUUCUGACGACGACGGCGAUGGUGAUGAUGAGGGUGAUGAUGAUGAGGAUGGUGGUGGUGGCUCGGAGAGAGAGGAGCCGCAGCGGCGCGACGCACGAUCGCAGCAGUCAGCUGUGAAGACCGAGCGGAGCGGGCGAGGUGUCCAUGCCAUGUGUCCGGCGGAUCGCACCAUGUAAAGCCCAACUGCAGGCUGGAGGUCCUGCGAAUAGUGGCAGCGGAGCCGAGCCCAGCACCCGCUACACUGAUCACUGCGAGAUGGUAAGGUCUGGACGCCCCUGGCAGGAACAUGGUUGAGAGGACCAGCAAAUUCUUGUUAAUCGUCGCCGGCUCCGUCUUCUUCAUGCUCAUCCUGUACCAGUACGUGGCUCCCGGGGUGAUGAACUUCGGGGCGCCGCAGGGGUACCUGGCGGAGGACAACACGGAUAUCUUUCCCACUCCGGACCCGCAUUACGUUAAGAAGUACUAUUUCCCCGUCCGGGACCUGGAGCGCACGGUGGACUUCAAGAUCAAGGGGGAGGACGUGAUCGUGUUCCUGCACAUCCAGAAGACGGGGGGCACCACCUUCGGGCGCCACCUGGUUCAGAACGUGCGCCUGGAGGUGCCCUGCGAUUGCCGUCCCGGCCAGAAGAAGUGCACAUGCUACCGGCCGAACAGGAAGGAGACGUGGCUCUUCUCGCGCUUCUCCACGGGCUGGAGCUGCGGGCUGCACGCCGACUGGACGGAGCUCACCAGCUGCGUGCCGGGGGUGCUGAACAAGAAGGAGAGCAAGCUGAAAACGCACAGGAAGUUCUAUUACAUCACGUUGCUGCGCGAUCCUGUGUCACGCUACCUGAGCGAGUGGCGGCACGUGCAGCGCGGCGCCACCUGGAAGACGUCGCUGCACAUGUGCGACGGACGCACGCCUACGCCCGAGGAGCUGCCCUCCUGCUACGAGGGCGGUGAUUGGUCAGGCUGCACGCUGCGCCAGUUCAUGGACUGCCCCUACAACCUGGCCAACAACCGGCAGGUGCGAAUGCUGGCCGACCUCAGCCUGGUAGGGUGCUACAACGCCUCCUUCGUGCCCGAGAAGAAGCGUGCCCAGAUGCUCCUCGAGUCGGCCAAGAAGAACCUGCGCGACAUGGCCUUCUUUGGCCUCACUGAGUUCCAGCGCAAGACACAGUACCUGUUUGAGAGAACCUUCCGGCUUCGCUUCAUCCGGCCCUUUGUGCAGUACAACAGCACGCGGGCGGGCGGCGUCGAUGUCGAUGAUGAAACGGUGCUGCGCAUCGAGGAGCUCAACGAGCUCGACAUGCAGCUCUACGACUAUGCCAAGGACCUUUUCCAGCAACGCUACCAGUACAAGCGACAGCUGGAGCGCCGGCAGCAGCGCCUGGCUCUCCGGGGUCACGCCGAGGGCCCCGUGCGCCGCUCCCGGACCGACCGGCCCCGGGAUGAGGGCCCCGAGGAUGCGUCACGCCUGCCAACUGAGGACUAUAUGAACCACAUCAUCAGCAAGUGGUAGCGAGUGGAGCUGGGACGUGCCUGGCCUGGGGUGACAGAGUUCAAGUUGCUUCAUUUUGGGACAAGAAAAUGGAGGAACGUGUAUAGCAAUGGUGGAGGUCUCUGACUAACCAUGUGAUCAUCAAUGCUAAGGAUAGACACUACCUUGAAACAGUGGAGGGGUGUGAAUUAGAUCUGUGCAAUGAUGGUACAGAUCAUGUAUCAGGGGUCUACGGGAAAGAAAAUGACGGGCGAUAAUUUAGAAAGAUAACACAUGGUGUAAAGUGAAACAGCUAAGCUUGCAUUGGACAUGCUAACAAGUAUGUUUCUGCCAUUGAACCGGACUGCUUUACUGAAUGGGAUUGGAACAUUUAAGAUGUGCUUCACUAUGUCAUGGAGCCUUUCAGACAUAGUAAAGAUGUGCUUCACUAUGUCAUGGAGCCCUCCGCUGAUGCUUCUUUUUGGGAUUCAUGACCACUUUUAUGUGACCUGUGGAUUGCAUAUCUCUAUACUCAUCUGGUCAUGCUUAUAUUGAACCCCUUGGUGUAUCCAGACAGGCGCGUUAAAGAUAAACGGACAGCAUUUUAGAGUUAGUAUGGGCCUUAGGCCAUCCUUUGAGUUAUCCUCUAAGUAUGAGAAGUGGCCCACCCACUUACAUGGCCCUCACCAGGUGAUCUGUACAACCAGUUGUCGGUAGCGCCUUGCUAUGUUCACUGUUACAGUGAUUGGCUGAAAUCUAGUCACAUGACUGUUCUCCAGCAGCCUGUCAAAGAUUUUUUGUAAUUAUUCUUGUUCUUUAUGUACUGUUCGUUUGUUUUCACGUGUGAUGAUUUAUGAUGUCAGAAUGCAGCAGGACUUGCUGUGGCCCCCUCCACUGGGGGCUCUUUUGCACCCCCCCGCCCCCCCAAAAGGCAGUUGCCAUGCGACAUAGUAAUAUUUUGUAAGACAUGUUUCAUUAUAGGAUCUUUUUAAAACAAGCAUUCCAUCACCACAAUCACCUUCACUGCCAUCAUAAUCACUUUUGCCUGAUCACCACAAAACCAUGGGUAUGUCCAUGUUGGGGGUGUGGCAUGACUGUAGAAUUACAUGGAGAGCUCCUUCUACCAAGGAAAUACUGUGGGGAGCUAUGCAACUUGCAGGGCAGGUGGUGAUGAUAAAAGUUUUUGACCAGCAAUGGGUUGGGGAGGGUGAGAAAUUAAUCCAGUUUCUUAUAACUGGAUACUUGUUGGCUCGCUGCAGGCUGCUAGUAGCUUGCACCCAACACAUUGGUGACCGCUUCUAGAAUGUUGCCAGGUUCCUUUUCCAGAGUCACAUUCUAGAAUGUGCACAGCAUUCCACAGGGAUUCCCCUGGGGGGCUGGAAUGUAAGGCCCCCUCACUUCACUGGGGCUUCAUUGUGCCAGUAAUGUUCUGUAAAAAUAUGCAGGAAUAUCGGUGCUUUCCCACCGCAGGAUUUUUUUUCAAGAACCAAAACUGGGACCAGGAACUUCUGUCGUGUUCCAGAGCCACGACCGUAGGAUUGUAGUUUCUCUGAGGCUAUUCCAGAACUUUUUUUUAUUCCCUACUCUGGACAAGACACUACUAAGGUGGGCCUUAUAUUGAUAAACUUGGUGAUUGGUUUAGCACAAGCACCAGCGCUAACUACAUGGAAGUGCAGGGAAAGGAGAUGGAAAUAGUGGAGCAAAAACUGAGCAAAUGGAAUUAUUUUUGUAUCUCAGUUGCAUUUAAUGCAUUAAUGGAUUCCUAUUUACUUGCGUCUCCAAAUUUCUGCAUCGGAAAAUUUGAUUGAUAACCAGUAUACUUUUGUCUAAUAUCGCCAGUGCUGGUGGUGAAACUUGCCAGCGCUUAUUGACAGGAUAACGUUACGUCAUUUUUUUUAUUCCGUUGAAAACUAAACAUCAAUCUGCUGGCCAGAUUUAAUAAUAAAUUAUAAAUAUGUUGCGAGUUGUAAAAUAUAAAUAUAACUCUGUGUCCCAUUUUGAUCACAGUCGAUUCCCCCAGUAACUAACAACGACAAAAAGACGACUUUUUUAUCCUCCAUUGUAUUAGCAUGGCAGUGUAGUUUCAUAUGGAAUUAUGUGUGAAGUUGAUGCUAUAAACUUUUUGCGUCUUUCAUGCUUGUUUAGCAUUAAGGUCCCGGUUCUUGUGGUACAGUGGGAAAGCGACUUAUGAAAGUGGCCAGGAGUUACAUAAUGGAGAUGGCCCAGGAACUAGAUGGGUCGAGAUGGCCCAGGAACUAGGAACCAGCUAUAUAUAUAUAUAUAUAUACACACUCACCUAAAGGAUUAUUAGGAACACCAUACAAAUACGGUGUUUGACCCCCUUUCGCCUUCAGAACUGCCUUAAUUCUACGU